UGGCCUGUCAUGAGAACUCAAGGUAGGGAUGUCCAAAGACAUUUGUCCCUCAGUUUCGUAGGCGUGGCGUGGGAGGAGUGUCGUUGGGCAAUGCAGGGAGGUGUGUAUCUGCAUGGGAUGAGGUUAACUGUCGUAUGACUACUGACAAAGCUCGUAGUCAAGUUCAAGUACAUGCCAUGCACGCCCGAGACUGCCGACACCAAAUACGUUUCCCAUCGCAGCCGAGCAAAGACUGUACUGAUAUCCGCUCACGACAACACCUUCGUUAUUUUCGCCAGCGACCUCGAGACCAAGCUCGCAAACAAGAUCGGCUGGACUGCUCCUGGUGACCGAUCGACCAUGGCAAGAUUGCUGUGUCGGGCGUGGACUCGAUUUUGGAGAAACUGCCUUUGAGUGCACAGCUCAAAAGUUGAAUGAAAGCCUGUGCUGCGUAUGAUUGAUGGCCUAUGAUACCAGGACAGCGAUGCGAGUGAAGAAUAGAUAUAAUUGAGCGAUCAAAAAAGCAUUCUAAAGCUCCAUCGACAUUGGUGAGCUUUGAGCAGCUGACGCAAAGCAUGCGGUAUUAUACGAUAAUGUUCAAGGUGCUGAUUCUCAAACGAGUUCGGAGGUCGUGUUUGACUGGUGUCUCAGUGCCAGCGGUGCCUGGCUCUCGGCACAUUAUUUUUUUUUGUUUUUGAGAUUUUUUAUUAUUAUAACCAGCGCAAAAUCAGUGUUGGGAGAUGAACAUCAAUCUGCACGCCAUCUUCAUCCACGAAUAGCAACGC